AUGGAAAACUACAAAGUUCUCAAUUCACAAAAAAUUAGCAAAAAGGUCAUGUAUAAAAAAGUCAGUAGACACACAAAAUUGCUUGUAAAACUGCAGCAGCAACAACAAUGGCCGCAGCAACUGCAGAUGCCGCAACAACAACAUCUGCAGCAGCAACAACAAUGGCCGCAACAACAACAGAUGCUGCAGCAGCCCGAACAAACAAUGCAGCAGUUAGAACUACAGAUACUGCAGCAACAACAACAUCUGCAGCAGCAACAACAAUGGCCGCAGCAAUUGCAGAUGCCGCAACAACAACAGAUGCUGCAGCAGCCCGAACAAACAAUGCAGCAGUUAGAACAACAGAUACUGCAGCAGCUAGAGCAGGAAAUGCGUCAACAAAUGCUGCGGCAGUUACGACAACGGGUGAUACGGAUACAACAAAAGCUGCAGCAUCUAGAAGACGAACUGCGACAACGAAAUCUGCAGCAGAGACAACAACAGAUGCUGCAGCAACAAGAGCUGCAGCAGCUAGAACAACAACUGCAACACCUAAUGCUGUAGCAGUUACAAAAGAUUCAGCAGCAACAACAAAAACUACACCAGUUACAACAACAGAAGCAAUUACAACGGGAAUUACCUGACCGUUAUGGUUAUGACCAGCUUGUGUAAUUUCACAACAACAACCCAUGGGGUCUGUCGCAGUGAAACCCAUGAACGCUGGGGUUGUUCCCGGUGUUCUUGUUCGUGGUGCGGCGUCACCCAUAAUGGUGUCAAGCAACCCUUUGCAGCAGCAGCAGGUCUACAACAGCUCCUCUAUCAUCUUAACGUACCUAUGCAGCCAAUCUCUCAUCACUACAAUGUAAUAUGAACUUCUCCCCAAAUCUGGCGUCUUCAAUUCGCUCGUCUCCCGUCAAUAUUCUGCUGUGCUCGUUAAUUGCUUCAUCUUGCUCGUCCAUCUUUCCUGGAGGCGUAAGCACCACGGCUCCCUCUUUGAACAAAUCUCUCUAACUGCAGCUCGCGCCUCCACCUUACACUUCAAUCACCAUGAAUGUCCAAAACAUCCCCAUUUCUGCUCCUCUAAAAGUUGCUGCGUGCAGCGGAGGUGACAUCUCGAACACUUCGCUGUCAUACAUCUCUGAAGCUCCUAAUAUAGCCGCUUCAUCCAGCUCUGCUGUUAGCGACAGCAGCAACUUGUGCCUCCAGUCUUCCUCGCUAGGUACCUCCACAAUGACAAGCUCUUCUUCUGUCCUUGCUGCCACUAGUGGAUCAGCUACUUUUCCUGAUGACAAAACUGAAGUCAUGAACUUCAUCAAGCAAGAACCUAUGGAUAUGGACGUCAAGAGGGAGCCCUCGUCACCUGAGGGCGCUUAUGUCAAAUUAAAGAUGGAGAUCAAGACCGAAGUUAACGAUGAGCCGACUUCACUUGAGAGCGACUUCUAUUCAAAGAAUGUUGAUGGUUUCUGAUACUCCAUACAUCUAAUGCAAGUGUACGCUGGUUCUUGAAAUAAGCGAUAGUAACUUAACAUCACAACAUGUUUUUGGUGUAACCCGUGAUCCUAGCAGCUCAAAAGAAUCCGUUCCUAGCUGCUCAAAAGAAUAUUUUGGGUUACACAUUACUGAGCUCGGUUUCCAGACAUUUUUAAUUUAUUUUUUUUUAUCAUUAGACUAAAAUAAAUUUUAGGUACAGGUACACAUCCAUCAUGCAUAUUGUCCAGCGCUCUGUUGCACCCGUGCAACUGUUUGUGCUGUCCUGUUCCAUUCUGUGGCAUUUGAUCUUGGACUAAUUUGAUGUCAGAUGGUUUGACUGUGAGCUGACAUGAUGCCGGGCGCUUUGUUCGUGGGCUGGGCGUUCCGAUUUGGUGGAGGAUGCUGGCAACUUUUCGUUGUGGUACAUUGAUGCUGUCAGCAAUUGUUUUAGACAUAUAUUCUACUUUUAUUGCAUUUUACUCAUGCAUGUAAAUUUGAAUAACUUGGAUUUUUCCUAAUUCAGAAAUUAAUAUUGAAUAGUAGAUGAGCAACUAUAGGCUUGUAGUUUGUGAUAAUAAUUGUGUGUACAUAGUAAUAACUUAUAGUUUUACGUUACCUGCACAUUCAGUGAAGCUGUGAUUUCCCAAUUAAGGAUGUACAUUUGCCAGAGUUAGGCAGAUCUCUUCUGACGAGUUAAAUUUAAUGCUCUUACGCACGGUUUAUUACUAAUGCCAAACAACCGCAAGCCAGAAAUCGGUGGUAAAUCCCACUCCAAUAUCUAUUAAGUUACCUGUCGAUAGAUAUUCGAGUUUAUGUUUGUGAGUUUGGAGUUUUCUAGUUGAUGGCCUUAGUUCUUUGUUGUUCCCGAGGCCGCGUGUCAGGUAUGACACACGGCUUAAGACACGACCUGACACACGGCCUCGCACAAGCCCUAACACACGGCUUGACACUCAGGAGGACUUUUGACGUGUGUCUGUGCUUGUCAAAAGUCCUAUGUGAUUUUGCAUUCCUAGGGGUAGGGGCAUUGUUCAUGAGCGCCUAAACACGGAACUCACAGUAGCAGCUCGGUUGUGGGGAUGAGUUAUUAUGUAGGUAGGAUUCCCUACAUUUCCCUUCUCUUUCUUUCUCGUGCGAGCAGCCGACGUCCAGUGUAAGCGACCUCUUAUUCGAGUGUCUUCAUUUCUGCUGCUCUUCACCUGUCCUUCCUUGUCACUUCGUCUCUUUGAGAUGCUAACGCUGCUUCUCUCGAGCCAGCUUCAGCGGGCUGGACAUCUGAGACAUCCGUCCUUUGUGGGUGAUGUUUAAUUUGAGACAAAAUAAUUGAGACCUGUCGGCCUGCUGGCAAUGUUCUCUUUUUUACCUCCGUUGUUAAAUAGUUUGUUAGGUAGAGCGCUAGCAAACCAUUCUACUACUACUACUUGCUGUAUGUUUUUGUAUCUCAAGUGCUUGAGUAUCAAACGAGGGAUAUCCUCUUUAAUGUAGCAUAGUAGUUUGGAUUAAGCAUAAUUGGACUGAUGCCGAUUCUUAAUCGCCCGGCCACCUUGCCAAUUUUGACCAAAACUGUCGCAGGAAGCUGGGAUGUAACCCGGAACUCAUUACUCCUAUCCUGGUACUCUGAACUGUAACCACUGGGCCGCCCUGCCUAGCAACGUAUCGAGAUGUUACGUUAGAUUGGCCCACCGGAGACAAGACCGUGUAACAACAUUACGUGAGAACUCAAGACAAAGUUUUUGCUAUACUCAACUACUCAGCGUCGUUAAUAAAAAUCUGUGCACGAAGAUUGAAGAAAUUUGUUACUGAAGUUUUGACGCUGGAAUUUGGAGCGUGAUUUAUCUUUAUUUGUGCAACAGUCUGGCUUGUAAAAGACUUAGUAGAUAUUUAGCAAUGUUUUAUACCAUUUAUCACGUGAUGUUUCAAUAAUAUCACAUGAUUAAAUUUUGAGAAAUUUUGACGCAAGACAAGCUUUUAGAGUUGAAGUGUGAUUCGCGUUCAGUGUGCUUAUAUAUAACCAGAGAAAUCAUGGCUAUCUCGUAGACGUUCAAGGAAAAUGUAAAUCGCUGAAGUGUGGGAAAUUUCCCACCGUUCAUUACAUUUCUAUUCCUUGAACUGAAUUUAGUUAUAAUUUAUGUUUUGGUAUUAAUAUGAUUAAUCUAGGAUAAGUUUAAUGUAAUUUAGGUUAGACAAGGUUUUCCGCAUAGAAAAUGUUCGCACUAAUACACCGCCGUAGCCACACCAAAUUUCGUGAUCUCCAGCAAGCCUGUUGUCCGCCACCGCUACUUCACCAGCAUUCAACCGUGAGUUCACGCCGAAUCGCUUUACCUUUACUCUUACUUCAACGCACCAAUCUUCAACUAUUCUUACUUUAAUUCCGUCUGAAGCAUUCGCCUUCAACUGAUUUCAUCUUUUUUCAUCAAUCAAUCCUUCCAAAAAGUGCGUUAGCACACUGAGUGGCAUUUGAUCUCAGGUGAUUACAUUUAGUUUACCCUAACCUCAUUUAAAUUUACUGCUUUAAGAUAAGAUCCAAUCUUGUACUUUCAUUGGUCAUUGGAGAUUUGAAUGCAUAAACUUUGGGAAGUAUAAGAAAUUAUGAAAAAAAUUAUUUUCAUUAGCAUUUCUAUUAGUAUUAAUUUUAGUUUUUGUCAGACAGAACAGUUAUGAAUCUAUGAAGAGUGUUGAGGAAUCGGGAAGGCAAUAACUUGGGUAAUCCAAGCUUUAUUCAACAAAUGCCUAGUUACCUGGAAGAAUGAUGAAAAACUUCCGAAGAAACUUAUAUCAACACAACACAGAACAAUAUAACAUUAAAUAACAAAAUAACAUUUAGUAGAGACUAAGGUUUAGAAAGUAUACUUACAUUAUACUGCAUAGAGACUGCUAACAAACGCCGGAGUCUAAUCACAUUACGUCGUGAUGUGACAUAGUAAAACUUGUUCUUCAUUU